GCGACAAAUAUGGCGCGGGGGUAGACAACAUGAAGUGAAGUCUACAUAAACAAAACAAUGCUACUAUAAUAGACUCCUAAUCAUAUUAAACAUUUUAAAGCUUAUUCAAAACGACAUUCCAGUUCGUAUACAGUUCUGUACGAUGGCAGGCGUCAUGGAGACAGAGGAGCAGGCGAGGAAUCGUUUCCAGUCGGAGUUAGAGUUUGUUCAGUGCCUGGCCAAUCCGAAUUAUCUGAACUUUUUGGCUCAGCGAGGCUACUUGAGAGAAAAACCUUUUGUGAAUUAUCUGAAGUAUUUGCUGUAUUGGAAAGAACCUGAAUACGCCAAAUUCCUCAAAUAUCCUCAUUGCCUGCACAUGCUGGAGCUGUUGCAGUACGAGCAUUUCCGGAAGGAGCUGGUGAACGCGCAGUGUGCCAAGUUCAUCGACGAGCAGCAGAUCCUGCACUGGCAGCACUACUCACGCAAGCGCACGCGCCUUCAGCAGGCUCUCGCCGAGCAGCAGCAGCAGCAGCAGCCGGCACCGCACAAUAACGCCGCCUCGAAAUGAAGCCAAAGAUGUCACGCUUCGCCUGAUGAGGCACGCGUAGAGUAUGCCUCGUGUCUUAUUUUCAGAAGUGUAAAUAUUGUACAAUAUAAGACUGAAACACAGUAAGCCUAUGAUGUCAUCAUAAAAAAGUUAAAAAGCUUACACUUUUUUUUCCACUGCUCUUGAACUUUAGAUCAGUUAGAAUAGUGCCCUUGUUGAUAAACAUUACAUUAGUUUUGUAACUGAAGUUAGAUCUGUUAAUGGGCAUGAAAGUGUGGAAAAACAAAUUAAAGUAUUCCCAGCACUGUAACUAAGCAAUGUCAUGUCAAUAAGGCUGUGUGCGCCUUUGUGGGUGGGUUUGUUAUGCGAAAUAAAGAUUUUUGUAUAA